AAAAAGGAAAAAAGGGUGACUUAAUCCAAUGAGGUAAAAUCAAUUUAAUGCGCCCAUGUUGUCUAUUUCUUUGCUUUUCUUUAUACACCCUGUAGAAGUAGGCGGAUGAGGCGGAUCUAAUUAACCGUCGCUGUCGCAGCUGACAGAGGCGCAGGCUGAAUGGAAGCGGGUCAUCUGGAGCUGGAGCAGUUCGUAGCGUUUAGAAAAUUUCGUGGUGGGUAGGGUGGUAGGAUUCACGUCAUUCACAUCGACCUCAUUGAAUGAGAGACGCGCGCGUGCACGAUGAUCCGUCAACAGUGAUCACAGCCGGCACCGCGCCACGACAUGGCGACCGUCAAGGUGACGGAGCAGAAGGUUAUACUGUGCGGCGAGUACGGCGUCGGAAAGACGUCUAUAUUCCGGCGCUUCGCCAACAACACGUUCGUCGCCAGCAACGACCGCAAGUCGACCCUGGGCCUUGACAACAUCGACAAAGAGUACGUCGUCGAGGAUAGACGGAUACGCCUGCAACUAUGGGACACUGGCGCCCUGGAUAACUCAACAUCGUUUCAUUUGUUGUCCCAACAUUUGCUCGACAUAGUUACAUACGCGGAGAACGCGAAGAUAUUCCUUUGUGGAAACAAAAGUGACUUGGAAAGCGUCGCGCCACAAGUCACAGACGCAGAGAUGGAACAAUUCUGCGAACAAUGCCAUAACUUGAUUUCGGGGAUAUACAAAACAUCGUGCAAAACUGGCGAAGGCGUAAACGAGAUGUUUGAGGAUAUAGCGCAACAUCUGGUCGAGGCGAAUCGAUCGCGAAUGGAACUUCACGAGAUGGACAAGGAUCGAUUUAAGAUUUCAUAUGUCGACGAAGCAACCGACCCAUCGUGUUUGUGCUAAUUUGUAAUUGACAUUCGUUGACACGACAUACACUCUCUGAGAAUCUCUAAAGCUUAAGGGAAACAUAAGGGAAAACCGAAUGAAAUCUUUUAUAUUGAGCACUUAUCACACGUGACUUUCCUAUGAGGGAAAGUUGCGUCUCGCAGAGCAAGGGAGAAACCAUGAACGUGAUAUACGUAACAUGUACACAAGUUGCGCGCCACGAUCGGAUCAGAUCUAGGAUAACGCGACGGCAAAACAACUUUCUCGAUUGAAAAUUUAUUACAGGUUGCGAAAUUAUAUCUUAAUCGAUUAGGCUUGAUCUAUUAAUAUGAUUUACACGAUCGGUAUUAUAUUAUACACUUGAUAAAUAUACAUACUAUAUCUAUUUAAGUUUGUAAAGGUUACACGAUAACC